CGAUCCCGAUCAAAAUAUACAGAGACAGCCAAGCGUCUGGUUGAACGAGACGAAGAUGUUUACAGGCAAAGCAGCACUAAUUACAGGAGCAGCCCAGGGGCUUGGGAAAUCAUUCGCUGCGGUAUUAUUACAGAAAGGGUGCAAGGUAUGUGCUGUCGAUAUUAAUGAAGAAAAGUUACAAAGCACGGUCAAAGAGUUUAACACUGUUUACGGAGAAGGGAGCGUGAUCGGGAACAAGUGCGAUGUUACUAAUGCACGUGAGCUAAAAGAAUCUUUCAAACAAGCCAAGGAUACUUUCCGACAUAUAGACAUUGUUGUGAACAAUGCAGGUGUCGUAGAUGAGCAGAAUUGGGAGAAAUGCCUCGACAUAAAUCUGACUGCCGUUAUACGCGGGACUCUUCUUGCUCUGGAUUACAUGAGGAAGGACCGGGGAGGGAAUGGCGGGACCAUCGUCAACGUGUCCUCGAUGGCAGGUAUAUACCCCGUGGAGUUUGCACCGGCGUACGCCGCUAGUAAACAUGGAGUCAUUGGAUACACCCGAAGCUGGGCGUUUCACCCAGAGGUACAGAGUAAUGGAGUUCGCCUCGUCUGCCUAUGUCCCGCAUACACAGACACCGACAUCAUCAAAUCCCUCCCGAAAUCUUCUGUAGACAUAGAGUUGUAUCAGAAAUCUCUGCAGACAUUGGGUGUCAUGAAGAUGGAACGAGUAAUGGAGGCCUUUGUCAAGCUUUUAGAAGACACAGACAAUAUCGGGAGUGUACUUUCUGUAAACAAGUUUGGCAUUAAGUACUGGAAAAUGCCAGACGCAAAAUUGUAGCAAUAUAGACUGAUAAAUUUAUAAGAUUUAA